GAGAGAGAGAGGCGCGGAGGAGCUGCAAAACAUGGUAAUCACCACCACCAACAUCACCAUCACCAUCACCAUCACCUCCAGCUCUGCCGCGCACUCUCCCGUCUCCUCUCCUCCUCUGCACCGGGGCUUGCGUUUCAUGCCCAAAGCCCUGAUCUGCGCUCCAAAAAUAACCCUCAGCCAGCAUGCCGAAGGAAGCAAAACAAGAAGAGCGGUAUUUUUAGGGUCAUUAAUUUCGACCACGUGGCCCGAAGGUAAACCGGAUGGCCGUUGCGCAAAGGCUCCUCGUCAGUAUGUCCUGCGAGGCCGGCACGCCGCACUGGACGCUGACCGCGGUGGUUCUCCUGGGCUUUCUGCUGGGGAUCGUGUCAGCGUACCCUUUACCGAGCAGCAGGACAAAUGCAACUUUACUGGAGAAAAGAUGGGAGACCCUGUUCUCCCGCUCUGUACUGGGGAUCUCCGGGGAGAAACCGGAGCUGAACUGGGAGAGUGACUAUCUGCUGGGCAUCAAAAGAGUGCGGAGGCUCUACUGCAACGUGGGCAUCGGGUUUCACCUUCAGAUCCUCCCCGACGGCAGGAUAAACGGUGUACAUAAUGAAAACCAGUACAGUCUAAUAGAGAUCUCUACGGUGGAGAGAGGAGUGGUGAGCCUCUAUGGGGUGAAGAGUGAGUUGUUUGUCGCAAUGAACAGCCGUGGGAGGUUAUACGGAACGACAGUCUUCCAUGACGAGUGCAAGUUCAAGGAGAGCAUGCUUCCGAACAACUACAACGCCUAUGAGUCUGUGGUUUACAGAGGCUCCUACAUAGCACUCAGCAAGCAUGGCCGCGUGAAGAGGGGCAACAAGGCCACCACUGCCAUGACUGUAACGCACUUCCUACCCCGAAUAUGAUGAUCAAAAACUGGCAAUAACAAACUUAUUUGCACAUGUGGAUUAUUUCCCAGGUAACAUAAAUACCGUAUACGUACGUACAAACACAAAAGACAAAAUGGACUGUAAAACAAAGAAAUACCACUAUAUCUGAUAGUAUUUAUUCAAACUUUAUAUGUAUAUUUGGGUAGCUUCCUUUGUAUUAGAAAUUAUGGAAAUGCCAUUCUUUGCUGCUUUUAUGAUUUUCAUCAUUUUGUGAUAUGAAGGGGAUGGAGAGGCGUCAUUUAUCCCCUCAGUUUAUAUGGGUGCUUGCUGAAAUUGUUUGACUCCUUGCCCUGUCAGUGGAUGACAGUUCAUCCUUUUGGAAAUGAAAUGGAUACGUUAUUACCUCAAAGCACCAUACCUUGAGAAGAAAAGGAAGAAGAAAAAGAAAAAUGUGUGCAUGAAAUUUUUACAGAGAAGAAUGCCUGUCUACUGAAAAUUUUUUCGUUCGUUGUCAUCCAUCAAGGACUUAAGCAUUUCCCUUCCUCUAUGUUCGAUUGUCUCUGUCACUGUCAGGGCAACUUAGAGCACUUGCAAUGGCGGUGGUUUUUCUUGCUUUGUCAUGAGGUGGCGGUGCCUUGAAUUCCUUCUUGCGGCCCCCUUACCCUUGCAUGCGAGAAACGUGGUGCUCAAGUCAGAAAUAGGAAUGAAACGCAAGUCAUCACUCCCUCUGACACCACCGGGGGGCUUUAGCCCAAUUCCUAGAGGGCCAAAGGUUUCUCCACUUUAUUUUCUUUCCAUAAUUAGAUCAAUUAAGUAAUUGAGACUCUAUGCUGCACAGGACCCAGUGGAGCCUCUUGUUAAUAUGGAAAGCUAGAUUUAGAGUCAGUAUUCACACCCCCCACCCCCCAUCAUGUCCAAGGGAGCUUUGACAAUCCCAGGUUGUACUUUCACAAAUUUUGUAGCCACAUCAUCGGGCCAGAUUGAGUGUGUGAAUGUGCGUGUGUAUGUGUGGGCAUGCAUUUAUUUCAAGAAUGUAUGUGGAAUUGUUCGGUUUGAGAGCUGCUCAUUUGGAUGGUGGGUUUUAUUCUCAUUGUGGGAGGUCAAGGGGGCAUCUCUGCAUCCGAAUAGACCUGACACUUUGAAGCAACAUCUCCUCAAUUUUCGUAUAUUUCCAUCCAGUUCAAAUUGAGUUGGUGAAAUCUGUUGCAUCUGGUUUGUAGUCUUGCUAUUUUGCUAAUUUAUUUGAUUUGUUUUUGAAAAUGUUGACUUUAUAGCAAAAAUACCGAGGCUGUGAACAUACAUGCUUGCAAUUAUUUUUUUUUAAAUGCUGUAAUCUCAAGAUCAAGAGUUUAAUAUUUUGUUAUUUUGAGAUAACAAAGUUCAUAAAACAGAUUUUUUUCCCUCAUGAUUAACUCUUAUGCAGUCUUGAUACAUCAUCCUUUUGUUUUCUCGAGAAUUAAUAUAAAUUAAAGAUAUACUUUGCAGGAAUUGUUAAUUACUGUUUGUAAACAACAUCGCGAGCGAAAGUGAGAGGCAACCCCAAAUCCCUCUUGUUGUGGAAUAAGUGUUGUCGGAUUUGCAUUACGCCUCACUUUAUUUGUUUUUUUGGGCACUGUGUCUGAAAUUUUCAUAGCUUCCGUUUAGAUGUGUGCUGCUUUUGUUUUUUAUAAUGUCCUGACCUCAGCUGUGCACUGUGGUGUUACAUACCUAGGAAUGUCCCAAAUAGUUGAAAAUACGAAAAUACAAGCAAAGGCCAAAGUCUCUGCACAUAAAUACAAAACCACACCCUCUUAUUGUGUCAUACGUAAUGAUUGCGAGGGAUUACUUUUGUAUAAAUCUAGACAUAGUUGUUGGUGGGUUUUUUUAGGAAACUCUGGCAUACUAUAUCUUUAACCCAUUAUCACCAGAAAACAAACUUUGUUAUCUUGAGAAAACGUAAUAAUAAAAAUUAUAAAAAAAUUAAUUGCAAGCACAGCCGUUCUUGGCUUCUGUAUAAAAGUGACAAUGGGAGCUGUUUGACGUUCACAAGUUUGAUGAUAUUUGGCACUUAAAGUAAUGUGUUUAUGGAGAAAUGAAUGAAGUUACAGUAGAUGUCCUUGAGUUGUCAAUCUACUGUAAUGAUGGUCUGCUGCAUUCAUUUGAAAAAGUGUAGAUACACGAGUUUGGUUUAGAGAGAACUGGAACUACUUCAGAGUUCAUGAUUCUGGGAUAUGUGAACAAUACUUCAGGUUAUUCAUUCUGUCUGACGUUUAGAGGAUGUUUAUUGCGCUUAUUAAUGCCAGAUUUUUAAGAUAUGUAUGCAUUAUUCAGAUUGAUCGCUGACUCACAGUAUGGCUUCUUGUGAAAAAAAGAAAUACAAGCAAUGCUGGAAAAAGCAGUGAACCAAAGGGUUACAUUAGCAAUGUUCAUUCAGGCUUUAUGUAUGCAGCAUACCAUACUUGAAUUCAACAACUGCUCGUGCUCCUCUUUCAGAUAUUGUAGUUUUCCAUUGUGGAGAUGAGGGGUGGAGGGGGCCAAGGACAAAGAGCAUGCAAAGUUGAAGAUAGCAAUGAUGUACAGAGGACUUAUGUUGGACUCUACAUGUCGCAUUGGUUGUUUGUUUAACUUGGCGAGGAUGUGAAUAAUGUGGGGUAAAAUACCUGAGCAUCAGUCUAGUGGGCCCCUCGUUUGUUGAUGUCAGACUGGACGGUGAGCGCAGGGCCCUGGGAUUCUUGUCCCAUUCAUCUGAGCCAUUUUUGUACCAAGGUCAAGGAUACGGGCUCUCUGUCCUUUGCACUUGUGUUUUCUGGUCCAUCUCAACGACUUUUGUUGUUUUACUGAGCUCUGCACCUGUUAGGCUAUUUCUUGAUCAAGUCAUAAAUGCUUGUCUUGUAAUGUGCAAUGAAGAUUUGAAUGAUUCAGCACAUUUCUCUUACUCCUGAGCCUAUUUAAUGUUGAAGUGAGGUGUGAUUAAGCUCGAUUUUUUUUUUUAUGAUUUAUGAUUAUAUUUUGGUACUUGACCUGCAAUAUUCUGUAAGUAGCAAACCGCCAGUCAGGCUAGUUUGGUGAAAUAUGAUGAAAGAAAAGUAGCAAGUUAUAGAUAUAUGUUAUCAUAUUUUACCUCAUGCCCUUUCUAACAUUACUGUAACGCAGUGACAAAAUGUCUGUGAGCAAUGGUUUACGUGCCCUUUAAGCUCCAGCUUAUGUCUAGUAGCAGAGGCGAUGUGCAGUAACUGGUCAGAGUGUGUUUGUGAGCAUGUGUGUGUUUGUGUCCAACUGAGCGCGCUCCUGUCAUGUUCUGUUUCUGCCAAAGCGACAGUAGAGAUGGUAUCAGAUCAAUUUACCUUGAGUCAGGAAUAACAGGGCAUUGUCUGACUGUGCAAGCUCAUGUACCGUGCUCUCCUCACAGGAGAGGAUGAAGACGGGAGGGCUGGGAAAAGGCAACACAGAGGCUACUUAGGGAUUUUUUUCAAAAGAAAGCACUGACUGUGAUUUGAGCUGGUAGUUAUGUAGCAAAAGGAUGCUAAAAAGAAUCAAAUGCUUCCAAGAAAGGGACACUUGAGUUAAACGAGCUGUCUGGUGGACUUAAUACUGUGAUCCAAGAGAGCAACUUGACACUCCCAGGAUGUCACAUUUUAUGUUUUUGAAUAUUGUCUCUGUUAAUUAUUGUGUUUGGA